ACCUCCUCCUCCCAUGUAGUCCGAUCGAUCCCUUUCGAUGUCAACGCCAUAACCCCUGGCCGACAUAUUUUUAGAAGCCAGCAUUUGACGGCGCACGUUCGCCCGGCUCCCGGGUCAACGCGAGUCUUGACGAUAUGGCCCGCAUCACGGACUUGUUUCUUUUGCUGGUGACAAUCUCUGAGCAAUAUCGAAUAGAUGAAAGUGCGAGGGCAAGACCCAGACUUAAGAUACUGGUCGGCAUAUUUACCCGGGAACUUCGCUGUGCUUAUUUGUCUCUCGGCCAGUCUCGGCCGUGCCCAGACCUGACCGUAAGUAGGCGAGCCAAAUGUGAGGUUGCACUCCCACUAAUUGUGCCUAUAUAUGCACUCCUCUCCAACCAGUUUUGGUCCUCGGCGGUCGAAGGCCGCGAUAACCCGAGCUCGCUCGAACUGAAGAUACGGGGUGCAGAAAGUGCCUGCUAUUUUUGGAUUGACAUGGUGUUUGCGUGUGUGUCCCAUGCUAUGGUCGACCAGACAUCGCUUGGUCCUGAUCCAUGGACGAAGAGUGAAAAGCAGAGUCAAUAUUGCGAUGGCGGUUUAGAGCCAAUGCAAUCCGGCCCCAUGUUCGGGAGCUUGAUGCCGGGUGGUAUCUUAGUAACUUCCGACGUGUCUAACAUGGCAGCACUGAUGAUGGCCCGCCCAGAAAGCUUGAUGCGGACGUGCCGAAGCGAGCACACUAGAUAAGGUUAGGUAGGCAGCGGUAUCACUGAUCGUUUCCUUUCCCCGAGAACGCCCUUACCCCUCUUGAUGACGGUUGCUGCGAGCCAUCGUACGAUGGGUUACCCAAAAUUCACGCCAUCACGGCCGGGUUCUCAGCAGCACGACACGUAUCGUAGAGCGGGAUGAAGCAAAUGAUGCAAUGCGUUGCGGAGUCGUACGGUUCCGAAAGAGUCUCCAGGCAUAGAAAUAAAGUUGGCCAAGCCGCUUACUGAUCCGGGUUCCUGGAGAGGGCCAG